AUGGAUGGACUUGCAGGGCUUCUGAGAAUCCGAGUGAAGAAAGGAAUCAAUCUCGCUAGACGUGAUUCUCUAAGCAGCGACCCUUUUGUCAUCAUAACCAUGGGAACACAGAAGCUGAAAACUCGUGCUGUGGAAAACAACUGCAACCCUGAGUGGAACGAGGAGUUGACACUUGCCAUCUUACAUCCCAAUGAACCUAUAAUUCUGGUUGUGUAUGAUAAAGAUACGUUCACAUCGCACGACAAGAUGGGAGAUGCGCAGAUCGAUAUCAAGCCGUUCCAAGAGGUUGAUAAACUUGGUUUGCAAGAACUUCCAGAUGGAACAGUGAUCAAAAGGGUUUUGCCAACCAAAGAAAACUGCUUGGCUGAAGAGAGUAGAAUCGUCUACCACAAUGGCAAGAUCGUUCAGGACAUGAUUCUUGUUUUGAGGAAUGUCGAGUGCGGUGAAGUCGAGAUUCAGCUUGAAUGGAUUGAAGUUCCAGGUGGUAUAGCCACGUGUUGA